AUGUCCUCUUUCUUCACAUUGCCGGCUUCCCAGCGCAAACGGAAGAGAGAUGAUCGGGUUGCCGCUCCAGGUUCGAAGAAGAGGGGGGUGGCAGGGAAAGGCAGCAAGGGCGCAGAGGACGGUGAACAACGAGAGCAGAGAAAACAGAGAGACGAGUCUAUAUCCGGAAGCGAAUCAGAUGACGGUGACUUGUCACAAAGUGAAGACUCAAUUGACGAGAAGGAGGGUUCGGAGGAGUCGGAGGACGAAACCGCAGCGGAUCGGAGAUUGAAACUGGCCGAGAGAUAUCUGGAAAACAUAAGGGAGGAAGUGGAUGAGGUUGGCUUUGAUGCUGCGGAGAUUGACCGCGAUUUGAUAGCCGAGAGAUUGAAAGAGGAUGUGGAUGAAUCCAAAGGACGGAUAUGUCGACAAAUAAGCUCGCAAUUAUCCUUUUCCACUGCAUCCCAUUCCUUCUUCCGCGCAGAUACACAAAGCACCACUGCAAUCGCAGUACAUUUCCCUUUCGUCUAUACAGUUUCUAAGGAUAAAACGUUGAUCAAAUGGGAGCUAGCCGUCCACCACCCACCCACAGAACAAAGGAUAUCCCCUAGAAACGGAGAGUCCACGCGAGCCAAGCGCUCCCAGAGAAAAAAGCCGAAGAAAAUCAAGUCGGUUCGGGGCCUACAGGAAUCUGCUGAAGGGGGUGAGCCGCAGGGCCACACGGGCAUUAUCCUGGCCGUUGCAGUAUCCCCAUCAGGGGAAUUCGUGGCAACCGGAGGUGCAGACCGGCGCCUAAUAAUCUGGGAUGCGGAAGCACUUACACCCCUGAAAACUUUCACCCAACACCGCGACGCCGUGAGCGGGCUAUCAUUCACACGGCGCAUCUCCUCAUCAAGCUCCGGCGAACAGCUCUUCUCCGCAUCCUUCGACCGCACCAUAAAAACAUGGUCCCUCAGCCCUGGCGCGCAUGCUUAUGUGGAGACCCUGUUCGGUCACCAAGACCAUGUCACUGCCAUUGAUUCCAUGGCGCUGGACCAGUGCGUUAGCGUUGGUGCCCGCGACCGUACGGCACGCCUUUGGAAGGUGGUUGAUGAGACGCAACUUGUCUUCCGAGGGGGUACCUCUAAGGGUAGCUCGUACGUUGAGGGCUCACUGGACUGCGUGGCUGUAUUACCGCCUACGCACUUUGUUACGGGCUCGGACUCGGGAGCUAUAUCGCUCUGGUCAAUACAUAAGAAGAAGCCACUCUACACCAUCCCGCAGGCCCAUGGUGUUGACACCGUGCCACCACUGGACGAACUGUCCUCAGAGCUCGACCCGGCAGUUGCGAAAAAUAAUACGAGAAACAUUUCGCCCAAUCCUCGAUGGAUAACUGCUCUCACUACCCUCCCAGGGACAGAUAUUGUUCUCAGCGGUAGCUGGGAUGGGUGGAUCCGCGCCUGGAAGAUUUCUGAAGAUAAGCGGACUAUCAUACCACUGGGCCCCGUCGGUGCGUCAUCACCACCCUCCAAUGCCACAACUGGGCUUACAACCAACGGCAACGGCAACGGUAACAUGGGCCUUGACAUGCCCUUUCCUUCCUCUGCGUCCGCUCAGCAGCCCCUACCACUUCUACGAGGUGUCGUUAACGACAUCGCCGUAUUCGAACGACGAUCCCCAGAUGAGGCGAAAGCUACUAUUAGCAAAUCCAAGUCAAAGUUGAAGUCGAAGUCGUCUCAGCUGGGUCAGGAACAGAAUGGUCUCUGCAUCGUGGCUGCACUAGGAAAGGAGCAUAGGCUUGGUCGGUGGAAAUAUUCCAACAAGGAGGAGAAUGGGAAGUGUGGUGAUGGGACGGGGUUGGGGGGUAGGAACGGGGCUGUUGUGUUUGAAGUGAAUUUCUUGGGAGAGGGAGUUGGGGAGGGUGAGGGCGCGAGGCUGGUAGCGGAUUUGAGGAUUUGA